AAUCUACGGAACCCGAGUGCUACGGCGCACGAAGCACCGCGCAGCCUGCGAACACUGAAUUUCCCAGUUGUUUUCCAGACGCCCCAGUGUUCGCACACUCUGAGAAACUCACCCCUUGUUUGUUGUGACGUGAUAAAUGCUGUAAGGAUCGAACGAAAUGCAGAUGUUGUGGAUGUUGGUGUUGGUCGCCUGUGCGGUGGCCAGCGCCUCGGCCGACCGCGGCGGGUCCUUGCGAGGCGCUCUCGAGGCGCUGCAGCGACGGCAGCGCAGCCGCAUGCAAGGACGACUGCCUCCGCCGGACUACGAGUCGCUUUAUGAAUUCGUACCACCACAAGCCUAUCCUGAACCUGAUUAUGCAGAAGACGUGGAAGAUAUGGACGAAGAACCGACACCAAAGUAUAUAGUAAAGGUGUUAGGAAAUGAAAGGCCUUCGGAAGCUUACGAGUAUAAGAUAAUAAAGAAAAACUCAGCCUAUAACGGACCCAAUAUUAAGCAAGAAUCCCCUUUCCGUGAACGCAGCCAGCAUUCAGACAAUGACAGACUUCGUGAUUUAUUCAUGGAUAGAAAUGAAGGUGAGGAAAAUAAUAAUGCAUUAGAAAACAAAGAAGAAAAUGAUGCUGAAUACGCUGUGCUUUUAGGAGAACUUUGGUCAAAAUACAAAAACAACAAAGCUCGAAAUAAUAACGCUGAGAGUGCUCCUCAAGGUGUUGUAAAGUUAUAUAAAGAGAAAAUUGUCAAGAAGCGUUAUCCCAAUAACUGGGGCCCGAUAGCUUUCAAACGUAAGCGCAGCUCAGACCCAGAGUUUGAUAGGUCAAUCUUAACUGAUACUGAAGCAAUUAAAAAACCAUUAGAAAAUUUGAAUCCGAUCGAUCCCAACAACUCAUAUGAAGUACCUGAGGAUGAUAAAGAUGACAUGCGAGAAGAGUAUGCUAUUGCUUUUCAACCACUCGACGAUGAUGGGCUUUCUGAUUUAGCAGACGAGGAUCAAUAUGGAUACGAAGCUAUAGAAAAACGUUUUCCAGUAUCAAAACGUAGCAGUGGACCCUAUAACUUUAAUAGCCAAAAGAAAAGAUUUGCCCCAGAUCACGCCAAACAUGACAGUUCUAAAACGUUUAGAAGCAGUGCAGGAACAGAUCCAAAGAUAAUUAAUGAUUUAUCAAAAAUAUUCGGAGAUUCUGACCAUGAGAUAAUAAAAUCUCCAGUUAAGCGAAGUAGUGAAUAUGUUGAGGGUUCUCACGAAACUAAACCACCAACACUUAUGAUGGAAAGUAAUAACCAUACCAAAGAUAUUACUAAUGAAACUCACCAUAACGACCACAGUCAUGAGGAACACAGUCAUAAUAUGCAUCCUCCUAUAAUAUCUAACAAGGAGCACGAACACAUGCAUCAUGUACAUAAUCAUGACCAUAGCCAUUCUGAUGACCACAAGCAUAAUCACGACCACUCUCAUCAUGAUCAUGACCACGAUGAUGAUGAAAGUGAGAAACCUAUUAAAAUUCAAAAGAAAUCAAUUGACUGGUCUGAUUAUUUUGGUAUUGACAAAAGACUACAAAAAUCUUUUGUUAACAAUCUUAAUGAAGAUAGGUUGAAAAAACAAUACUUUGAUACGUUUAAUAAAGAAGUUAUAUAUCCCUUAAAUUCGUUCAGGAAGCACAGUUUUGCUAAAAGAAAUUUUAUGCAACCUAAACCCAACACAGAAUCUGAAAUACAAACUAAUCAAAUACAACCCCCUGCAACUCGUGAUGUUGAAAAGAGAAAUUCGGGUUCUGACAACGACUCAAAACUUGAUAAUAUUGACAAGAAACUAAGGAAUAUGGAAGGCUUGAUUGUUGAUGAAGCAUUACACUAUUCUAAUAUUGGUGGAGAAUCUGAUUCAAAAGAAGACCAGGAGAUGAAAGAAAAGCUUCUUUCCCGUUUAGCUGCAGCUUAUAGCUUGGAAAAAAUGCGAAAGGCCCUAAAGGAUUUUAAACAAAGUCUGCAAUUGCAAAGAACUUCUGUGGGACCUCAUAACACCCCUGAACAAGGUGAACCCAAGGACAAAAGAGUAGCAAUUAAAAAAGAAAAAGUAAUUUUGAGUAAUGAGAUACCAUCACUCGCCAACAGUAAUGAGAAAAACGAAGACUUUGAAGACGAGCAAGGAGCUGGGCAUUAUUUGAAUGGAAAAAUUGAAGAACAACUCUCAGAAGGAUACAUGGGCGGCAGUGGACGACAUCGUAUUCCUGUGAUGUCAACUGUAAGUUCAUCUGGAGCAUGUCCAGUUUUGGCAAAGAUAGUCCAAAGAUGCCGCGGUGUUGACUUAUUGGCUGGAGAUCGUGGACAACUAUUUCUGCCUUUGUGUAGUUUGCAUCAGAUUUGUUACCUUUGCGGAGAGGCACCGCCAACGACUUGCGACUUGGUUUUCCUUUCUGAAGCAGAUUCUACUUGCGAAGGUGAUAUGAGUUGCCAGAGAGCUGCUCGUGCCGCACUUAUGGCUCUGAGAGAAUUACACGACAACUUGGCGGAUGAACUGGAUGGUGAAUGCGAAGCUAGUCCCUGUCUCCCGGCUACGUUGAAACUUAAUUUGGGAUGGCAAAGAGCAUUGCAACGAUAAAUUAAAAGGAACCGAUGAUUCCGAAGUUACGAGCCAAGUUCACUGAUCUCAUUAAUAUAUACCGAAACGGAAGCGAAGCCCAAUUGAUACGAGUUUAAAAUCUCGAUGUUAAAAGCUUCUCUCUUAAAUAUUAAAAAUCUAACGAAUAAACAUUAUAGUCAUGAUAAUUUUUAAUACAUUUUAAUAUUUGUAUUUUUUCUAAAUGUCAUUUAUUCCUAGACACAGACGUUAACUUUUAUUUCUGUUUCUCUAUGUGCGCUUAACCAGCCAUAAGCGCAUAUAGGUUGAACUUUUCUAUUGUAACUGAUAUCCGUCUAACGUAUACUUACCCUAUGCUAUCGUUAAUAAUCUUAUGCGACAUUCACACGCUUUAAUUGUUAAAUGUUCUUCUGUUCAACGUCGUCUGGAUAAUCGUAUUGCUUAAAAUAUUUAUUUGCAUUCUCAUUAUGAUAGUUUCUAGUAAACGUUAGAUGUACAUUUUGGGUCGGAAUAUUAAGGGAUGAUUUUUGGAUUAGUAGGUAAUGUUUAAGGGAGUUUGGAAAAGUCUCUAUCGUUGUUAAAUAUUUACUAACAUUAUAUACAAUGUUUCUUUAAGUGUGUCAACGUUGAUUAAGUAUUAUAUUAAUAACAACUAACUAUAAAAUAAAUGUAUGUUUAAAUUUUAAAAAUCUAUAUAUGUAUUAAAAUAUAGAGAUAUUUAUAAGAACAUAAUAAAGGAAGAAAAAGAUUAACGCAAACUCUAAAAAUAUAUGUAAUUUUAAAUCAUCUAAUGUAAUUGAUGUUUCGAGUAAAUUUACAUAAUAUUUUAUUUAUACAUAUAUAUAAAUUGUCGUUAAAUAUAAUAAUAAACGACUAUAUGUACUUAUAUAUAUUCCGUUUUACGGUAUUUGGUAACUAACAACUAUACAGCUUGGGAAGUUAACGAAGACUAGAUAAAACCUAUUAAGGUUAGAUAAAACUGGACAAUGACUUCUAAGCCGUACUCUGGUGAUAAAAUGAUAUUAUCAAUAAUGGUCAACAAGUUAUAACUUAUAUUACUAGAAAUAAACAAAAUUAAAUAAAUAAAGAACUAACCAAAUCUAGAAUCUGAGAAUUGAGUUACACUUUGUAGACCAUUGUUGGCAGAAGAAAAGAAGCUUGGACGAGGUAAAGCACAAUUAGCACUAGAACAUCACUCUAGACUAUACUAGGACAAUAAAAAUUAUGCUUUCCAAAACUAAUUUAGUCUAAAUUCCCGUCUUAAGAUGGACGGAGACUCGUAGAUCCUUAUGAAGAACGCUAAAGAAUUUCGAGUAUUUCGUAUUCAUAACGUUAGGGGAGAAGGAACAAAUGGGAGUCACAUACAAAUUACUUAUCACUGCAUACAAUUUAAACUAAUUUCAUACCAUACUUGAAUAUAAUACAAAUAUAAAUAGCCCUAUAUAUUGAAAAUUAUUAUGCAUAAAACAAAUUACCAGAGCAUCUAAACCACAUAAUGAUAGGGAUUAAUUGUUUAGAUUAAAAUCUGUGUUCCUUUCAUAUUGGCUCCCAUUAUAGAUUGGUUCUUAUUGGCCUGUCCUGCUCUAUUUGCAGAAAAGAAACGCUAUCUAUUUCCUAUGUCUUCCGAGCAAAAUAUGGCUAUUACAAAAAGUUUGACGUAUUCGUAGAUACCUAUGACGCCAGCUUAUUAUAUUCAUAUAUACGAGAUCUUUAUAUAAAGUAAUUAAAAUGUUACCCGUGUGUAGUAACUUUUAAUGAGUCAUUAUACUUAAUAGAUGAAGAUUUGAAGUUUUGCAAGUGGAAGCAUUAACUUAAAUGUUAUCACUUUAUUCGUAAAAUGUUCAAGCUCAUGAUAACAUAUUAAUAUAAAUGGUUUCGAAA